AUGAACCAGAAAUUCAGUGUUUUUCAUCUGCGCUUAAGCAAAGUUCCCUCACCUUAUCACAUCGUUAACUUCUUAGUGAAAGUUCCAUCUCAACCUUCAAUAUUCAUAACAUCAAUCGACACUACGGGCAUUACUCAAGUUGUAGAUACCGUUGCAGCGGAUAUCAGCAAAGUCAUUGACAAAAUUGGAGCUUAUAAAUUUGCAAGUGUCGUCACUGAUGAUGCACCGGUGAUGAAAGUGGCAUGGAAACAUCUUUCAGCGUUCGGUUGUGCAGCUCACGCAAUGAAUUUAUUGGUUAAAUAUAUUUUGGGACCAUAUGAAUCUAUUUUAUCUGAUUGUUCAGCAAUCGCAAAGUUCUUCAACAAUCAUCAUCGCCCCCUUGGUUUUUUUGAUGAUGCACGAAAAUCAGAAAAUCCAGUCAUAAGAACACUUAUUGUUGCAAGUAGAACAAGAUGGUUCAGCCAAUAUAAUUUUUUGAAAAGUGUUUUGGAUGCUAGGUAG